AUGAGGGAAGUUUCAUCUGCAAUUCUUUGUUGUGCUGUCGAUAGUAAGUUUCAUUUCAUAAUUACUGGCUGCUUAAGAAUUAAACCAAUUUCAAAGGUGGACCUCUCGCUAGUCUCGGCCCAAAACCCAGCACCAAGUCCUACAACAGAAUCUACUACGGAGUCCACAACUGAGUCAACGACGAAGUCGACAUCUGAGUCAAUGACGGAGGCAAGUGUUUCGAGUACAGCGGGUAGUGGGGAAACAAAGGAGGUCACAACUGCUUCGACAACAGCUUCUACUACUGAAGCUUCGACCACUACUAUUCCGUAUGAGGAAUUCAGAGGACAACCAGAUCUGCCCACAUCACCGUGGCAUGAAAGACACAUUAAGAAUAAGGGCAUUAGUGGCUCACAAUUAUCGGAGGUCAAGGCUUGCUAUGGGGCUUGUCAGAAACAAGAGAGGAAGAACACUGCCAACGGCGUCCAACAUGAGACAUUUGGUAAUUUGAAAUUCAAUGCUACAGGUUUUACUUACGCGCAUUUUUGGCGCAGUGGCAACAGGAAUCAUGUCACACUGGGUGGUUUUGCUGUCAGCAGGAAUACAAUUGCACAAGUGAAGCAAUAUGCCAUACAACAUGCGGUGAGGUGCUCUGUAGUUCCACCUUCGACAAUGCCUUCUUUUGUCCAAGAAAACCACCAUCUGGUUUUAAAGUCUUUAGCAAACACUAAGGAGAAAGCGCUUAUAGUUGCUAUUAAACACUGGUGGAGUCAAAUAAGAAUAAAUGGCGGCAUCGGACAAGGUGUCAGAUUUACGCAAUACAAUGUUGGCACACCGACCGAAUGGUUCACUAGGAUGGCUUGGGCGACCACUGAACACUUCGGUUGCUACGUAGAGUCAUGCGGUUUUUACUGGAAUGUGAUAUGCCACUACUAUCCUGGGUAUGGUUAUAUCACCUUUUUUCAGUUGCAAUCUCAUAAUCGUCUAGCUAAAAAUUUGACUCUUCGCGGCGGAAACAAGCUAAACGAGCAGAUCUACAUGAAGGGCGAACCCUGCAGCGAAUGCCCUAUCGGUACAUUCUGUAAUGAAGACAAACUAUGUGAAAUGACUGAUGAAAUUGCAUAA